AUGGAUGAGCCAGUUAGUCGCAGACUGAGGCCUCGCAAUAAAACUGGCAAUCAGACGGAAGAUGCUAAUACUAAUGCUCAGACACCUGCAAGUGGCACAAGCAACACUCGACCGACGCCUGGAGGGAAGUCGACCACUCGCCGUGCACCUCGCAAAACACCCGACAAAGGUGCAAAGAAAUCGGUUGCCGGUACAGCAAGGCCCAAACCCACAAAACCGCCUCGCAAGACUCCAGCGACGAGAAGGAAGACCCCAGCCAAGAGCAUCACAAAGGAUCCGUCUUUCAAACCGGAGACCGACGAGCCAAGCGAUGAAGAAAUUCAGACACCUACAGCAAAGCCCAAGGCGAAAACACCACCCCAUAAGUCUCCGACGAAGGCCGGGAAGACCCCAGCCAAGGGUUCUACCAAGAAUGUGAAGUUCUCACCCGACACCGUUGAUCCAAGCGACAACGAACCCGCAAAGACACCUGACCCGCCUGCCCAAGAAGAGACUCAGAAGCCUGCAAGUCCGACUCCAGCACAAUCUACGAUCGAAGUGAAGAAGCCAAGAAUCACAUUGUUGAGGGUCACCAAACCUGCAUCGCCCAAGCGGAACCAAGCCAGUGGCCCGUCAGCCGAUGCCAGGAGUCCUCGAAGAACAGGCAGCGCAGCAUCUAGGACGCGAUCUACAAGCUCAUCUCCCUCAAGCAGCUCUUCCGACUCCUCUGAGCCAGCAAGGCCCCCUGCGCACUACAGUUCUGAGGCUCCAGCUCCUUCAGGUGCAAGUAGUACAUCUCCCACAAACAGUCCUCAUACAUCCUCAAGAUCGCCCAAGUCGCCAAAGCGUCCUGCCCCUGAAGAUAGCGAGUCUUCGUCGUCAAAACGUCAACGCUCACAAUCAAUGUCCAUUUCUCCGUUGACACCUGCGAUAGCGGCUCCGUCUGCACCACAACCAGACUCACCAGACGGUCUCACAAUCGCAGAUGCCGAUCGACUAUUGAAUCAGAUCGCAAAGGUACCUAGAAAACUGGAUCUCGAUGAGAUCUCGGCGCUUGUCGUCUGCCUUCAAGAGAAGUGCAUGCGCUUCUCGGAGAAACAUUUCGACUUCCACUUGACAGACGAAGAACGAGACGCAUGGCCAAUGCAUCUGCUUGCCACCAAAUACUACUCACUGUUCACAAUCACGAGAUAUCUCGUAGACGCGAAUCACUGCGGCUGGCGCACCUUCCUUACCACACCGGAACAUCGUGUUCCUUUUGUGCAUGGAAUUCUCGGCGAAUGGUUCAAACAGCGCAUCUUCAAAAAUCCUGGCUUCGGUCUGCGCCGGGACAAAAUCAACCAGCUCGCCGAGAUCGACCGUGAUUACCUCCACUACGACGCUAUUGUCCGCAACAAGAAGCGUGCAAAGUGCAUUGAGGAACUCAAAUUUGAAAGAGUGGAAAAAUGUCUGCAAGAUUCGCACUCAUCAAGCUCGGGCUCCACAGAUUCCGGUGAUCAAACGUCGGAUUACUUCCCCAAAGAAUAUGCCAACGAUAUCAACAUGGCCGCAACAGAUCUAGCGGCUCAAAUGAUGGGUCAACUCGAGCCUCUUCUUCCACCUCCGGUCUUUGAUCCACUGGAUCUUGAUGGGUCGGCACAAACUAAAGACGAACAAGACAAAUCCUGGGUUAUCCGCCAGGCCAUCCGAAAUGACCUUGUGGACUUGAUCCAUCUGAUGGCCGGCUUGUCGUUGUCCAUUCGACUGGCCGGUAUCGACGGCACAAUUCUCCGCCUAGUACCCCAUGUCGCCAAAGGUACCGAAUAUUACAUCGAGGAUUCAUGCGACAAUAUCUGCGUGAAUGCAGAUGAUUGCAAUGCGAAGAGACCACAAGAGCCCGCGACACUGCGCAUCUAUAUGACAUGCUGGGGCAGACUUGAGGCCAUAGUACCACACGGCAAGGAUCGCCUCGAGCUGGAGAACUUCCAACGGGCCCACCAAGACCUAGUCCACCCUAAACGAUUCAAAUGGGAACAAUACGAAGACCGAGUCUUUCCAGUUCUCCCAUUCAAUCUGCAAGAAACUGCGGCAGGGCGUGCAGCUGUCGCAAAUGAUCAGGCGAUCCCAGGUACAGAAUGGAGCAUCAAUCUUGCCAAAGCCGCAGCAGACGAUCGACACGACCAUAUGUACUCAGACAGUAGCGACGAUGAGGUAGACGAUGACGGCUUGCCUCGACGCCCUCCAGGACCCGCUCGCGGCUGCUUCGUGACCAUCUAUCCGAAAGUCGCGCCGACAAACGUUUACUGCGCGUGGUCUCCUAAAUCUGCCGCCACACAAUUUCCAGACCUAGGUGGCCAUAAUGAACCCGACCAGCAAGCUCACAUAUCCCUCGCCGAAGCCGUCCAAGAGGCGUGGCGCCUGGAAGGUCUUCCAAUCACCCUCCCAGCAUUGUACAGGAAUACAAUCAAUGUCGUCCAAGAAUACCGCUCGAACGAGUGGCUUGUGGCCAUCCCACUGGCUGGCGGACUCCUAGCUGCGGCCAUUGUCGUCGCGGACCGCCAUGAUCUCUUGCCCCACGUCGACCUUGCUCGUCUGCGACAGUUGCUCUCAACCUCGAUCAACCACGUUCGAAACACCUUCGGUUGCACGCUUGCUGCCGCCGAAAGUUACAUCAUGUCUCUGCUCGAACACGUCAGGUCAUCCACAAACCGCGCUGCGUCGGGCGUGCGAGAUCUGGCUGCGAACAUGACCAUGCCCCAGCUGCAGCUCAAGUCCAUGUCCUCUCUCCUUCCCCUAGCAGGCACUCCCGCAGUGGUCAUAUCUACCAUGACUCAACAGAGUACCACUACGGUCACCAUACCGACCGGAAUCGUGACAGAGACAAUCCCAGGCCCUAUCGAGACUAUGACUGUCACCGUACCAAGUCCUCUGGUCAUGACAGAGACAAUUCCAGGCCCCAUCAAGACUGUGACCGUCACCCUCCCGGCACCAUUAAGCUCGGACGAGGAAACACAGCCACAUAAUCCUGAUGACCCUAUGGAAGGUAUCGAGCAUACUGAAGAGCCUGUUUUCCUCCCUGCCGGACUCCCCGCGUACAAUGACGACGAACACGACCUGCUGAACGAAGAUUCGUACGAUUCGGUCGAACCGUUCGACUUUCAGACUGAUGAAGCGCCGGUACAACUACCGUCGCUGGUAGAGCAACAACAACAGCAGCAGCAGCAGCCACCACCCGUAACUUUACAGGCGACCACGAGAAUGGCUACUUGGGAAACAGACGAGACGGCGCGCGAUAUGUUCCGCGACACCUACGAGGAUCAGCAGAAGAAGAGGGAGAAGGAGAGAAAAGGGAGCAAACGCAAGGUCUUUGACGAUUUUCACCAGAAGAAGAAGAAGGAGAGAGAAGGGAAGAAGGGCUGGGCCCGACUAUUCUAG